UUUUUACAAUUUUACCGAUUUUACUCACGUUUUUUUACGUUUUAUUUGUCAAAAGUGAUUUUAGGUACAAACUGAAGCGUUUUAGUGGUCUAGAUAAGUAGAAACGUACGAUUUUACGCUUUAAAGCGCGAUUUUGACUGCAUUGGCUACAACUACACAGACUUAUCACUUUCCUAUCCAAAACAAAGAGAAUACAAUAGCUCCUAAAAUGAUGAACGACACCAUUUUCCGAUCAAACCUGGACACCUCGUUGUUUUGCCUCUUCUCUAGCUCCCAAAUUCGACGAUGAAAGUUUAGCAACACAUUUCUCAUAUGCUCAUCAAAGGCAGGGUCAAGCCAUCUGAAGUAGUAUCAUGCUCCAUUUGUCUACACAUCAUCCCAUAGAAAAAAUAGAAGGAUGAAAAAUGCAAAAUAAUAGUCGAAUUGUAACAGUAAAAAAGGAAACACAGGUGGAUGAAACCUUACCCCAUAUCUGUUGCAUCCAUAAAACCUUUCCUGGAUUUGCCUCAGUCCAGCUCGUCUUCAGAUCUGUUGGCUCUCCACAGUGACAAAAGGGUGCCGCCAUUGGUAGAGGGGAAGUGAGAGGAGGAGGAAAGGAACAAAUGGAUGGGGAGGGGGCGAUUCUCGCGCAAAUUAAAGAGGAAGAGAACAGAUGGUUAGGGAUUCAUUUCUGAGGGGGUAGACUUAUAAAAAGGGCUAGAUUCAGUGGGUCGGGUCUCAUGUUUGGGUUUGGGCCAAUUAAUUGGGUUGGUUCACAGGUUGGGCAAGAAGGGCUGACAUGGCAGGUAAAUAUGAUGUGGCGGGUCGGGUCGUCGUUCUUUAGUGUUAAAAUAUGAUGACUGUGAUUUUCUGUUAGCCACGUCAUCACUUAACGAUCGUCAUUAACGGAGUCUAACGGAGGUUAACGGAGAGUGACCGAACUUGAACUGUUCAACUAAUUCGAGUGACUAUAAAUGGAAAAAAUCCAAAACUACCAUUGUUUUAAAAAAAAUAACAAAAAUACCACCCAUUCCCAAGAAUUUCCAAAUCUACCACUGUUUAUUAAAAAACUGCUCCACUCAUGGGCGGUUAAAACAGAAACCGCCCACCCAAGCGGCGGUUUACCAUAUAACCACUAAGUCGACAAGCGGUUUGUCUAUUUUGGAAAAAACGCUCUUUGAAGGAGCGGUUUUCAACGCUGCCCUAGCACAAACCUCUUCCUCAGGGAGCGGUUAUGUGUCGGCAUGGUAAAACGCUCCACAGGGAAGCGGUUUACCAUGUCGACACAUAAACCGCACCUCCCCCAGCAGUUUGUGCCUCGUCAACUCACAUCCGAUAUGUCGGCAUGCAGGAGGUUGCACAGGUGGGGGCUGCAUGCCAGACUAAAACCGCUCCUCCCUGUGAUUUGUAGUGUAAAAUUUGUCAAUAAAAGGCAAAUCCAGAAAACUCAAAAUCUUCACUCCACUCCUUCUUCUUCUUCAAAUUUCAGUUGUGCACCUUUAAAUCAUUUAGUUAUUGCGAUUAACGUUAAUUCAUAAUUUUGUUUUGUAUUACUUUUCAUUGUCAUUUGUGAUUUUUAUGUUAGUAACUUAAUUACUGUUUUAUUGCAGAUGGUAUUCCAAAGGUUCACGUUUGGGUUGCGGUGGAAUGGUUACACGGGAGAGACCGAAAAGGGUGUAAGUUACGUGGGUGACAAUUUUUAUAAAAUGAAGGUCCGUACGAGACCGAUGCUUGAAGAGCUCCAUCAACUGUGCACUGAGGUUACUUGCAUGGAUGGCACUAGAAGAGUUGAUCGUAUAGUAUAUCGAUAUCCAAAAAGAUAUGGCGGGUCGCUGUGGAAUGAGGAAUUCUUCAUUACCACUCAGGAGGAUGUUGAUGCCAUGGUCCAAUUUUUGACCACCAACAAAAUUAAACAAGCGGAGAUGUUCGUUUAUACCGAGGCGGUCGAAGGUGGUGUAGGUCAUUCUGGAGAUGGCCAAACAUUUGGUAUCCACGGUGAGAGUGUAUUAUACGAAGAUCAUCCUCACCAGGAGUACCAAGACUCGAGCUGGAGGCAGGAGUAUCAUGAUGGAACUGGAGGUCAUCAUCAAUCCUUCCCAUCAUAUGAAGAAGAAGCUCAACAGGCGGAUGGGAACCAACAAGCAGGCUACCGGUACCCACCCGAGUACAACUUCUACCAAAGCGGCGUUAGUUACCAUAACUACCAUUACGAAGCUGGUGAAGGUGAAGGUGCCUUUCAUGAUGAUCAUCAGAUGGAAGAAGAGGUCAAUUCAAGUCCAAUCAAUGACCCUGAGGUUGAAGAAGAGGAAGGCGAUGUCAGUUCAGACAGUUUCGAUCCUCUUGAAGGUGCUGAUGAUUCUGGUCCAGAUUCAUACGCAGACGGUGAUGAGGUACCUCGUGAGCGUGUACCUAUUCCGUACUACAAUCGGAUUCCAAAUGAAGAUUUGUAUGUUGGAUGCCGACAUGGACCCGCCAGAGGUGCCAGUAUGGGGUCCACUCACUUGCUUUACGAAGGACCAACAAUUUGCAAUGAAGAAUGAGGUCCGACACGCUAUUGCCACUGAAGCAAUGACUCGGAGUUUUGAAUGGAACACAACCCAUUCCAGUACGAAGAGGCUGAUGGUUAGAUGCAAAAAUCAAAAUGAGGGAUGCAAAGCUAGGGUCCGGGCCAUCAAGAGCAAGAUAAUCUGCCAUUGGGUCAUAUCCCGUGCGGUGAACACACACAUGUGUGUCAUCAAUAACAUCCCAAGGCCAUCGACAGUUGAAAUCAAGGGUGGUUGUCGCGGCUAUCAAACAUCUAAUUGAGGAGUAGCCCGACCUAUAGGUUAAAACCAUCAUUGCCGACAUUUCUAGUCGUUAUGGUUAUAUCAUUAACUACAAGAAGGUGUGACAUGAAAAACAGAAAGCAAUGGCCGCCGUGUUUGGUGACUGGGAAGAAUCAUAUGCAUUCCUUCCCAGAUUGAUUUUGGCGUUGGAGGUGUCUAACCCUGGCACCAUUUUCUCUCCUCGCUACCAAGAUGAAGAAAUUCAGCCGUCGGUGCCUGGUAACAAGCGCCAUUUCAAGCAUCUUUUCUGGUCAUUCAAGCCAUGUAUUGAUGGUUUUCCAUUCUGUGUUCCUGUGAUUCAAGUUGAUGGAACAUUCCUUACCGGCAAGUACAAGGGUACUCUACUGAUCGCCAGCGGAGCAAAUGCAAAUAGAGCAGUAUAUCCAUUAGCCUUUGCCAUUGUGGAGGGAGAGAAUACCGAUAGCUAUGGAUGAUUCUUCAGACAAAAUUCAACUCCAUGUCACCAGGCAGACGAACCUAACCAUCAUCUCUGAUCGCCACGCCGGUAUAAGGGUUGUUAUCUUAGGCUUGGAUCCAUCCUGGAACUGGUCACAGAGAUGGUGCAUACGACAUUUCAAGAGCAACUGGAACCAUCAUUUCAAGCGAAAGAAGCUUGCUGAUAGUCUAUGGUGGAUCGGUAAGAGUUCUAUUUUAUUAGUCUAUAUCUUUUGUUAGUUGGAAAAAUGAGGACUAAAUCAAUACAAUACAA